AUGCGGUCCCUAUCACCCACGCUUGCGUCCCUCGCCAAUGUCUUUCGCAUUCAGAUGACGCUGGCCCCCGUGCGCCCGAGUGCGUCUCGCAUAUGUCAGGAAGUCCUCGCUAGACGGACACCACAGCCUGGACCGGUCCUGUCCGCCGUGCAAUCCGCGCCAUUCUCGUCGACUCGCACGCUCGAGGCCCGGAAAAAAGCCGGUCCCAACGUGGACAAACGAAUCACUCUGAUCCGAUACUUCCUCUACCACCCUCUCACCCCCCGUCCCCUCCGCUUCUCUCGCAACCGCUUCCUCCGUCACUGGACCAUCCACCGGGCCUGGCAACUCCUGCAAGCGAAGCAGCGUCGGGCGCACGAACUCGAGCUAGAGCGCCAGUAUCAGAGCAUGCAAGCGGCAUGCGAAGAGCUGCGCACCGGUGCCGGGGACGGCGGACGUUUGUUCCGCAAGUCGAUGAUUAAAAAGGGCAUUUUUACGGAUCUUUUCCCGAUCGAGUACGGUCGUAUGCAGACGGAGUAUCCGUCGGCGGAGGGGUGGAAUCAUGACUGGAAGCGUCCGGAGAAGAAGGAGCGGUAA